UUGGCGCUAUGGUCUCGAAGUACGAAAUGACCCACCACUGUGUGUUAUAACACAGGAAAGCAUGUCUCUAGAAGAAAUAGAAACAUUGUUGAAGGAGACAGAACACAAUGGUUUCCCUGUGGUGGUCUCCCUUGAUUCCCAAUAUCUGGUAGGCUUUGUUACCAGAAGAGAUCUACAAUUAGCUAUAGCAAAUGCACGUAAGAAUGUGGAGGGUGUGGUCAGUGAUUCAAUAGUUUACUUCUCUAAUCAGAUCCCUAGUAAUACAGUAGGACCUGCUCCUUUAAAACUCCGAAAAAUAUUAGAUCUGGCUCCUGUUACAAUAACAGAUCAAACUCCCAUGGAGACAGUCGUAGAAAUGUUCAGAAAACUUGGCCUCAGACAGACUUUAGUUACUGUUAAUGGGCGACUUCUUGGCAUAAUAACUAAAAAAGAUGUAUUACGUCACAUAAUUCAGCUGCAGAAUCAGGACCCAGACUCCAUCUUGUUCAACUGAUCAUUUCUUAUCAUUGUUGUCAUGGAAACAUUGUUGUUAUAGAAACAAGCAGACAGUACACUAUCUUGUGAUCAUCAAUAAAAACACUGAUCACAAGGUGAACAGUCAUUGUCAGAUUAUAACUGACGUUGAUAUUGUCUAUGAACAAAGUUUUAUUUUUGUUGUCAUGGAAACCACACAUGCUUAGAAUUUGUUGUCAUAGAAACUGAACAUGUUUUGAUUUUGUUGUCUUGAAAACCUAUCAUGUUUUGAAAUUGUUGUGAAUGGUAACUUAUCAUGGUUUGAAUUCAUUGCCAUUCAUGUAAAGAAUUAAGCAAUGUAAGGUUCGGAUGAUGAAUAGCUUUAAUAUUGUAACAGAAAUAAAAAAAAAUUAAAUGUUAAAAAAUUGAAUUUUAUCUAAAAAGAAAUCUGAUUUUUGUUGUCUGGUGAAGCAGCUGAAGAUAAAGUUUACCUGCUUAUAUUAAAUAAGUGUUAAACAGAAAAAUAGACGAAUUUUACUAGGAACAUGAGUAAUGAUAUGCUAGAUUAAGACAAAGAACAGUUACUUAAUUUACUAUUGUUGCUAUUGUACUUUAUUGUUGCCAUGGUUCUUAUGCCUGUGUUGUCAGUCAUGCUGGAAAUUUUAGGGAUGCAGCGUAAAAUGUAUUAAGGGUAUUGUAAAGUGAGGAGCCUGAUGCAAAACCAGUUAUAUUGCAUAGAAAUAGUGGAGUGGAAACAAUAAUAAUUAUUGAAUACAGUGAUGAUGAUAUGUUUUAUUAUUGUUUUAUAUUUGAUCAAUAUUGUUAGCUAACAAGUGCUUGUGUUUGCUAUGAAAUUACUAUAUGCCUAGAGAUAAUGUAUUUCCAUGCAAUUUUCUUUGAUUGAUAGUUAAGUUUGUUGGAAUGAGAUUACUGUAACAAGUUGUAUACUUUAAUAUGAGAUGUGAACACCCAUAUAUAAUUAAUAUUUCUUUAAUUUUUAAGCCAAAAUUUAUUAUAUACUAAGAUAAAGUUUUACAAAAGGAAAGUUUUCACUUUCUUGAUUUCAAAAUGUUAUUUGAACUAUGUUAUUUUUAGCUCACCUGUCACAAAGUGACAGGGUGAGCUUUUGUGAUUGCUUUUCGUCCGGCGUCCGGCCAUAAACUUUUACUUUAAAUGACAUCUCCUCAUAAACCACUAAGCCAAUUUCAUCCAAACUUCACAGGAAUGUUCCUUUGGUGGUCACCUUUAAAAAUUGUUCAAAGAAUUUAAUUCCAUGCAGAACUCUGGUUGCCAUGGCAACCGAAAGAAAAACUUUAAAUAUCUUCUUUUAAAGAACCCAAAGAGCUAGAGC